UCUAACGAAACAGAAAUCGAAAUUAUCCUUCUGAGCUUUAGUAACAGUUUUGAUAAUAAUGGAUGUGUGUACAAUGGUGUAGAAAUCAAGACAAAUCAGGACCAACGGCUCUCUGGCUAUAGGUUUGCUCUAGUAGCGCAGCCGGGACUCAACUUCGCUCUUACACCAAUCGAGGUUCCCAUAAUCACAUGGAACAGACUCUACAAUUCGGAAAUGAAAUUGCUGUACCGCCACGUUCCGGCUAGCGAUCCUCGUCUACCUGCUCGAACAAUUCGACCACCUACGAACCCCGACAGAAUCACUACCGAACCACCUCUUCCUGCUGACUUUCUGGAUCUCUCAUGGAGUAGCGCCUCUUCCGGCCGAGUUCUGGACUUCUGGUGA